UGCCAAAAUUUGCAUGUAGAAGAAGAAAGUCGUACUUCCUGUUAGAUUACACGUAGCGUCCGUGCUGUAAGAGAGCUUCAAGUUAGGAAAUUAGCAAGAAACGUCGACUUUUACUGAGUUAUUGUUUGAUACAUGUAUGACUGUCGGUCACUUGCAUUCAUAGACGUGUUUAUUAAUCUGGCGAUAAUGCAGCUAUUGGCCUCAUAUGUAGCUAGGCUAAGCUAUGAUAGCAAGCUAAUUUAGGCAACACUAGUUAGCAACUAGCAUUACUUUUGUUGUUUACAAAUUUGUGUCAAGAUGUAUACUUUAUUAUCUGGAUUAUAUAAGUACAUGUUUCAGAAGGACGAGUUCUGUGUUUUGAUCCUGGGACUGGACAACGCUGGGAAAACAACCUUUCUGGAACAGACCAAAACAAAGUUCAGUAAGAACUAUAAGGGAAUGAAUUUAUCAAAGAUCACAACCACGGUUGGCCUGAACAUUGGUACAAUUGAUGUGGGCAAGGCUCGUCUAAUGUUCUGGGAUCUGGGAGGUCAGGAGGAGCUCCAGUCUCUGUGGGACAAAUACUAUGCUGAGUCCCAUGGAGUCAUCUAUGUGAUAGAUUCAACUGAUGAGGAGCGCUUGUCAGAAUCAAAGGAGGCCUUCGAGAAAAUGAUCAGCAGUGAGGUGUUAGAAGGUGUCCCACUCCUCGUUCUGGCCAACAAGCAGGACGUACCGGACUGUUUGUCAGUGGCAGACAUUAAAACAGCCUUCAGUGACUCUGCCCCGAAGAUCGGCAAGAGGGAUUGUUUAGUCCAGCCUUGUACGGCCCUAACAGGGGAUGGAGUGAACGAAGGCAUUGAGUGGAUGGUGAAGUGUGUGGUCCGAAACAUUCACAGGCCACCCAGACAGAAGGACAUCACGUAAGAAGUUACCAGCAGUCUUCACGCUUAUGUUGGACUGUAAGUUUCCCCUGAAGGACAUUCCAUGUAAGCCCUGGAGUCGGUAACUCUUCUCUCUCCUCGUGUUUGCCGCGACAUUGGACAUUGGUUCGGAUAUCUGCUUUUAGGAGUUCAUUCCAGACAGAGUGCGACAGUAUGUUUUUAUCACCAAGCAUAAUUUCCGAUGUGCUUUGAAUGGACUCUUUCCCGUGUUCCACUUUUUGAAGCAGUGUUAUGAUUUCUUCUGCUUCGUGUGUGAGCAGCAGUCUCGGGGGCUGGCUGGGCUCGCUGUGACUGUCUGCAUGGAGCUUCACUGACUGACUUCCCUGGAGCAUCAUUUCUUACAUGACAUACAGCAUAUAGUAUAUAUAUUAUACAACUUUCUUCAAUCAUAUGCAUUGCCACUGUCAAACUCCUGCAUCGUCAAUGCUGUUUGUUUUAAAAAGAAUCCAGUGUAGCUAGUGUCAAACCAUGUUGAGAGCAGCAAACAGGGUUGUGCGACAGUGGGAGUAUCACUUAAAUGGCCCAUAUGUGUGCGUUUCCUCAAAAAUCUGUCUCAACUUUUUGCUUCAGCCCGCCCCCUUUAGCAGCCUUAGCUGUCCGUCUUCCUGAUGAAGUGAUGGCAAUGUUGAUUGGCAGUAGAGAUGGUCCAAUACAAAUUUUGCUUCCCUAUACCGAUUCUGAUACCUGAACUUGGCCGAAUAUCGGCCGAUACUGAGUACUGAUCAGAUACCAGUGGGUCAUAUAUUUUAUUAUGUUUUAACAACUGUACACUACUAUCCCAUGAAUACACAUAGGUAAAUUAACUACUUUCAAGGUAGAUUUUCUUUAGGGCUUUAUUACGUGGUAUCGGAUCGGUGCAUAAACUCCAGUACUUCCCGAUAAAGAUACCGGCGUUUUAGGCAGUAUCAGAGGCAAUACGAACAUCUCUAAUUGGCAGAUGCGGGCAAAAAUUGGUAACCAGGGAUUUUAGUGACAUUUCUCAUGACGUUUACUUACUUACUGCCUUGACUCCUGUGGCAGCUGUGUAGUUGUUGAGAGUACAAAACAUUGGAGUCCAACUCUUAGUGAAAGGAGAAUAACCACUCUUUAAGUUCUAUACUUUCCGGUGUUUAUUGAUCUAUUGUUUAGCAUAAUUUUGCUCCUAGUCCUCCGUGGCUCUCCAUACAGACUGUUGCAGCAGCCCAAACAGCAACAGGCUUUACACACUUGUGUGUGUGGUACACAUAUGAUCCAAUGGCCACUAAACUGUUUUUUUUAGGUUUCUUUUAUGUUAUCUGUAUAUCCUUUGGACAUCUGUAAAACAUUUAUAGUUUGUUUAAAGCAAACUUUUUUUAUUGA